AUGGAUGCGCGAAGUGUGAGGUCUCUGGCGGAGAGUCAGAGAGGUUUGACGAAGAGUUCGAGAAGUUAUCGUAUGGAUUCGCUGGAUUCGAGAAGGCAGGAAGGUGGAUACAUGGCGAAAGAGACGAAGGGUGUGAAAGUGUCGCAGGACACGCUCAACGGCUCAGAUGAGGAGACGCGACCUGCGAAUCGACUCAAUCGUGGAUCUGCACUGUUCGACAUCUUCGUUGCCAUCUUGCCGCUGUACUUUGUGGCAUUCGCGUUUCUGGCCUAUUCACAAAAUGGGACCUUGGCGACUUUACCUUUCGACCAAAUCAUCUUCAAGAUGGCUGGCUACAACCCAACGAUCUUUGGGAUCCUCUUCACAUUGAUCUGUGCAAAGUUCAUCAAGGCUGUAGCAAACUUCAAGCUUGAGCGAGGAGCAACAGUUGGAGCGAUACAGCAUCUGCUAGGGAGCAGAUCGCUAGUGAAUGCGGUUCUCACUCCCAUCAAGCUGCAUGGUUUCGGUAUCGUGGCCCUUGUUGUAAUCCUGUUCUGGAUGCUGGAUCCUCUUGGAGGUCAGAUGGCACUGCGUGUGGCCUCGAGGGGCUCAAACUACACCACAGUCCCUACCGACUUCGACUACUUAGACUUCAAUACCUCACCGUUCCAAAUGUUAGACGCGCCGAAUCGUCUCGCCCCUAUCAACGCCGCCUUCAACACAGCCCUGAUGAGCCCUGCAGCUUCUAAGAAUGGGGUAGAAGAUAUGUUUGGUAACAUACAAGUCCCGAUACUAGAGUCGCUGAAGAAGAGCCAGAAAGCAGACUCGGACGGCUGGUACCGCACGGGGCAAUUGGCUCGUACCAAUGACACGAGCAAGAGCGCGGAUCUGCUGGAGCUGUUCAUCGGAAUACCAAACGAUGCAGACACGAACCUCAACGUUCCGGACCCAGUCUACGUUUCGUUGAAUGGCGUGCCUUACAUACGAAAUAACUCCUCCUCGACAUCGGACGAUCGCGCUCUGGAUGGACCUGUAUUGUUGUCAUCGAUCAGCACUCGUAAAGUCAACCUUGAGUCUCAAUUCAAGGUCGAGACGUCCUACUUUUCAGUCGACUGCUCAGUAGCACAAGCAGGCACAGCACGAAAUGGAGACAACUUCGCCGAGGGCAUCAACACCAGGACUGGCGUAGUCUCCAACGACCACCAAUUCGUCAUCUCGUACGAUUUCAACCAUACUAUCAACAGCACCGCACCACGCCAGAUUGAGCUGACAUCAUGGAACGGACACUCGCAGCGACCGGGAAACGAGGUAUCAAAAGCCACAUGCCAACUCACCACAGCCUACGUGGAAGUGGCUGUAUACUGUGCCUCCAGCAAUAAGUGCAGCGUCUUGGCCAUGCGAGAGUCUCUGCUCGACAACCCGAAGCCUGCACUUUCUCAACUUGAUGGGAUUGCCCCAAGCUGGAACCUGACCAGCAACAUGACCCAAGCACAAAGACAUGCUAUACCUGAGCUGUUCUUUUCGGGCUUCAUCAAUGCGAGUGGCAAUCUCACUCAAGACACCAAUGGCUUGUCGCCGAUUGAGUGCUACUUCAUGCACCCGGAGAACCCAUACCGGUGCUCAAUGGAUGCCAGUGGCCAAUAUGCGCUUUACACGAUCGGCGAUGAGCUCUUCUCAACACGCUUCACGCAGCUGCUGAACACCUACUGGAUGGCCAACGUCGCGCCUUAUUCGAUGACCGGGAGCUUCACACCCAACAACACCUUCGAAGGAAGCAUUGCUGCUACCACUUCCGGCCAACUCCGUAUCGAGACCACCGUUCUUCGCUGCAACACUCCAUUCAUGAUCAUCCUCGUCACUAUCUCAGUCGCUCUCUUCCUUGCUGGCAUGGCGACUGCAUACCUCGACGCUACUAGGAAAGGCGCGGAUACCUUGGAUGACUUUGCUAGCUCGCUCAGGUAUAACCCGUACGCGCACAUCGAAGCUGGAUCUGGAAUGGAAGAUGGCUCGGCGAUUACGAGAAGGCUAAAGGAGACUUUCGUUCAGCUUGGUGACGUGAGGCCAGAGGAUCCUGUGGGCGUUGUUACGAUCGGAACGCCGACGUGGAAACAGCCUAUGAGGAUGUUGCAGCAUGAUCGACAGUAUCACUGA